UGCGCUCUGUCGCUGUUCUCAGCUAAUUUGUUGUGACAGCUGUCAGCAAGAGCCUCCCUCCCUCUCUCUCGCCGGUUCCCAGAAGAAUCUGCCUGUUUUUCCCCUUCCCCGCCGCGGCCCCCAAAGGGUUAAGCGGCGGCACGGCGCAGGGUGUACGCAGAAGUCGGGUUCCAUUGUACUCUGUCAUUUCCCGAAAGCGGCUCGCUCUCCUCCUUUGAAGAUGCUAACGGCCCCUCCUUCCGAGCCAAGAAAUGCACUCAGCUUCAAAGGGAAGAGGAAGAAGAAGACAUCCACAAUGGAGGCUGCUGGGCCAGGGCCUGUGGAAGAGGCUGAUGCUGUGAAGCCUGGACCCGAGGGGAGCCAGAGCACUGUGGACCCACUGGACCGGGUGGACUCGCCAGCGCUGAAGCCAGACAGCAGCUCCGAAGAGGAGCAGAAGAGGCUGGUGGAGGAGAUGGGGGAUGAGCAGGCAUCGAGCAGGGAGAAGGAAGAGGAGCAGGCCUUCCUGGUCAAUCUCUACAAGUUCAUGAAGGACCGUCACACGCCCAUCGAGAGAGUGCCUCAUCUUGGCUUCAAGCAGAUUAACCUGUGGAAGAUCUACAAAGCUGUGGAGAAGCUGGGAGCAUAUGAGCUGGUCACAGGAAGACGCCUCUGGAAGAACGUGUAUGAUGAGCUGGGGGGCAGCCCUGGAAGCACCAGCGCGGCCACCUGCACCCGGAGGCACUACGAGAGGCUGGUCCUCCCAUAUGUGCGACACCUGAAGGGCGAGGAUGACAAGCCCCUGCCCCCUGCCAAGCCCCGGAAGCAGUACAAGGUCUCCAGGGAGCCCCGUGGGGAGCAGGGCGAUGACGCAGCUGAAAAGAGCAAGAGAGUCAAGAAGGAGAAAAGCGGAGACCAGGUUUUGCCUGAGAAGGUGAAGCCGGAUACCUCUGCCACUCCAAAACGGGGCAGGGAGGCUGUGACAGAUGGCCCCGAGCAGAGCCGACCAGGAGACCGAGCUGAGGGGCUUCCCCUUUCGAACACCAAGGACUUGGCCAAGAGCCAGCCAUCCAUGAGCUGCCACAGCAACUGCAGGGCCCACGGCUGCUCGGAGGCCUACAAACGGCUCUUCUCCAGCUUUUACUUCAAAGGGAACCAUGGCAUCAUGUCUCCCUUGGCCAAGAAGAAGCUGCUGGCUCAAGUGAGCAAGGCUGAAUCCUUGCACUGUCAUGAGAGACAUCUGAACCAUUGCCCAGAAGGCAAGAAAUCCAGGUCUGCAGGGCUCCCCUGCCCCAGCCCAGAGCUCGACUCCAACAGGCCAUCAGUCAUUCAUCAGAGCAAAGAGGGAAGGAGCCCUGUGCCAGAGGGGGAUGAUGCCAAUGACCCAGCCCAGGCGUGUCACCCCCCUAACAAAGGGGAGGGGGCACCGUGCCCAAAGGGAUCUCUGAGCCCCAGAGGCAGCCAGAUAUUUCCGAGGACAGAGGACGGGAGUUCAGGGCGCCACCUCUCCCCUGCUCCUGCCAUCUUCACUGGCCACUUCCAUGCGUACAGAAGUGAGGUUCUGAAACCCGUGAGCUGCCACCCCCUACGAGGCCCGAUGGAGUAUUUUCGGGGCUUCAAGGAUUUCCCAGAGUCUCUCUCCAUCUAUCAGCAGCCAGGCAAGGACCUGCAGCCAGCCAACCUCACUCGGAAGAGGCAGGAGGGUACGGAGGGUUGUGUGGAGCAGCCAGAAGAUCUGCGCAGCAAAGCGAGCCAGGCCCCGCCCUCCUGGAGCAGAGACAGCCAGGGACCCUCUGCUUUCUAUAAAGGCAGCUCUGCGGGGAGCAGAGGCUCUCCCUUUGCCAGUGUGAAAGCCUGCUGGGUCCCACCCAUGGCCAGCUUUGCCAAGGCCAGUCCCCCGCUGCCCAAGAGUGGUGGGCUCGUCCAGCCCAUCCCACAGAGCCAGGUGGGCAGCCCUGCCCUGGGCCCCGGGCCGAGGAGCAAGCGCAGUCUGGAGGAGGAGGGCUUUGUUCAUGGGAAGAAGCUAAAGGCUGUCUCGCCUCUCAUCAAGGGAGUGGAGCCAAAGGACAAACGCGGCGAGUCGCCGAGCCUCCAGCAGGGCCUGGCCAAGCCCCAGGCCGUGGUGCCAAGCCCCAGCUUCCCAGCACCGCUCCCCUCUGCUGCAGGGCAGGAUAGUUACAAAGGGACGAUGCUGAGGUUCCCGGUGAACUUUGGCAGCCCCGCGGACCAUUUAAAGGGCCAGUCCUCUUCACUGAUUCCUUCGCUCUCUGUCAGCCCAUUUGUCAUCCCUGCAUUUCCAGGCCACUUAUUAGCUGCCUCCACUCAAUCCUCAGACCUCUGCCGGCCGCUGGCUGCCAGCCUAGUGCACUACCCUACGUCUUACGACAGCUCGCUGCGCCAGAGGCUGUACCCUGUGUCGACGUGGCACAAUCAGCCAACGUACGCCUCCCCUCACGGGACCACCUUUCACCGGAACAACAAGCUGUAGCCACUGGCACGGACCCUGUCACUUGUGGAGAGAGAGGUUUUCUACUGAUGGGAGUGGGUCCCAGCCAGCCAUGGCGCAGGAGUAGGACACUCAGUAACAUUGCAGCUGUGCUGCAUCUCGCCUUUGGAGCUGCCCCAGUCCCGUGGCCUUGUAUUGCAAAGCAAUCAGAGAAUAUACGGACAGUGUGGACCACAUCAUUUUUACUCUUGAUCUUUGAGCUUUAUUUGUAACUGACAUCGUACGCUGGGGACUUCAACACACACGUGUUGUGGGUUUUUAAAAAAAAAAAAAAAACGGGAGCAAAAUAGGUUCUGGAGAUUCCUCUUAAUGCCAGAGGUGACCCCAUCCAUCUUGUAAUCGCUCAGACAAGUAGGUUCCAAAGUGCAGCACGAACGUGGAUGUUGUCGGUCCAUGAUCCUUAAUAGCAGGACUGAAAAUAGGAGUGUAAAGACAGGGAGAAAAGAAAAAUUGAAAUGAACUAACCAGUACUGUUUCUAGGGUAUCCCAGUAUGCCAGCUGAGUUUUUGGGGUGCUCUAUGAUCCAUGUUACAGAGCACUAGCUCUUCUGAUCUAAAACAGUGCGAGUUUAUUUCAGUUGAGUCGCCUCAAGGACAGGAAUCAUGGGUUUAAAUUUCCAGAGGCUUGGGGGAAGGGAGUUAAAACACCCAUUGGUUUUGCAGAGCCCUGAAAUGCUUUGAGACGUUCCCAAGCUACUCCCAUCCCAACGUGACACUGUCUGUGGAAGCUCCUGUGGAUCUCUCCAAAGGCUGCGUUGGUCUGGUUGGAAGCAUCUAGGUGGUCUACAAUAAAACUGCCCAAGAUGGUGCAAAAUGG